UCGUGCCCGUAGAGGCUCCGCAGGACCCGGCGCAGGAUGGGAGGCACCGCUGGGUUCAUCCACACCUCCCUGGCCGUCGGCGCCUUCCUGGUUUGGUGCCAAGCCCAGGGCGGCAUGAGGAGCUACGGGCCGGUGUUCGAGGAGCAGCCAUCCCACACCCUCUUCCCUGAGGGCUCGGCAGAGGAAAAGGUCACCCUGGCCUGCCGAGCACGGGCCAAUCCUCCGGCCACCUACAGGUGGAAGAUGAACGGCACGGAGCUAAAGCUGGAGCCGGAUUCCCGCUACAGGCUGGUGGCCGGGGAUUUGGUGAUCAGCAACCCCGUGAAGGCCAAGGAUUCCGGCUCCUACCAGUGCGUGGCAUCCAAUUCCAGGGGCACCGUGGUGAGCAGGGAGGCCUCGCUCCGCUUUGGCUUUUUGCAGGAAUUCUCGGCGGAAGAGCGGGACCCCGUGAAGAUCACCGAGGGCUGGGGGGUGAUGUUCACCUGCAGCCCCCCGCCCCACUACCCAGGUUUAUCCUACCGGUGGCUCCUGAAUGAGUUCCCCAAUUUCAUCCCGGCCGACGGGAGACGUUUCAUCUCCCAGACCACGGGCAACCUUUACAUUGCCAAGACAGAGGCCUCGGACCUGGGCAACUACUCCUGCUUUGCCACGAGCCACAUGGACUUCAUCACCAAGAGCGUCUUCAGCAAGUUCUCCCGCCUCAGCCUGGCUGCAGAGGAUGCCAGGCAGUUCCCACCCAGCAUCAAGGCCAGGUUCCCUGCGGACACCUACGCUCUGACCGGGCAGGUGGUGACCCUGGAGUGCUUCGCCUUUGGGAACCCCGUGCCCCGGAUCAAGUGGAGGAAGCUGGAUGGGCCGCAGUCCUCCAAGUGGAUCGGCAGCGAGCCCCUGCUGCAGAUCCAGCACGCCGGGUUUGAGGAUGAGGGGACGUACGAGUGUGAGGCGGAAAACGCCAAAGGGAGGGACACCCACCAGGGCCGCAUCAUCAUCCACGCCCAGCCCGACUGGCUGGACGUGAUCUCGGACACCGAGGCCGACAUCGGGUCCGACCUGCGCUGGAGCUGCGUGGCCUCGGGCAAGCCCCGGCCCACGGUGCGGUGGCUGCGGGAUGGGCAGCCCCUGACGUCCCAGAACCGCAUCGAAGUGAGCGGUGGAGAGCUGAGAUUUUCCAAGCUAGUCCUGGAGGACUCUGGCAUGUAUCAGUGUGUGGCUGAGAACAAGCAUGGCACAGUUUAUGCAAGUGCUGAAUUAACAGUGCAAGCCUUAGCUCCAGAUUUUAGACUAAACCCGGUGAAGCGCCUGAUCCCGGCAGCCCGGAGCGGGAAGGUCAUCAUCCCGUGCCAGCCACGAGCAGCACCAAAAGCCACCGUGCUCUGGACCAAAGGGACAGAACUCCUGGUCAACAGCAGCAGGGUGACGAUUACGGCGGACGGGACCUUGAUCCUGCAGAACAUCAGCAAAUCCGAUGAGGGAAAAUACACCUGCUUUGCUGAGAACUUCAUGGGCAAAGCCAACAGCACUGGAAUCCUCUCUGUCCGAGAUGCCACCAAGAUCACGCUGGCACCAUCGAGCGCCGACAUCAACGUGGGUGAGAACCUCACCCUGCAGUGCCACGCCUCCCACGACCCCACCAUGGACCUCACCUUCACCUGGGCCCUGGAUGAUUUCCCCAUCGACUUUGACAAGUCCGAGGGCCACUACCGGCGAGCCAGCGCAAAGGAGGCCAUCGGGGACCUCAGCAUCUCCAACGCGCAGCUGCGGCACUCGGGCCGUUACACCUGCACGGCCCAGACCGUGGUGGACAGCGCGUCCGAGUCAGCCACGCUCACCGUCAGAGGACCUCCAGGCCCACCCGGUGGGGUGGUGGUGAGGGACAUCGGGGACACCAGCGUCCAGCUGAGCUGGAGCCGUGGCUUCGACAACCACAGCCCCAUCGCCAGGUACCUCAUCGAGGCCCGGACCCUCCUGUCCAGCCAAUGGAAGCAGAUGCGCACCAAUCCCGUAAACAUCGAGGGCAACGCGGAGACAGCGCAGGUGGUGAACCUCAUCCCCUGGAUGGAUUACGAGUUCCGGGUCUUGGCCAGCAACAUCCUGGGAAUUGGGGAGCCCAGUCUGCCCUCCAGCAAAAUCCGCACCAAGGAAGCAGCACCAACGGUGGCACCAUCCGGGCUCGGCGGUGGCGGAGGGGCUCCCAACGAGCUCAUCAUCACCUGGACGCCGACGCUGCGGGACUACCAGAACGGGGACGGCUUUGGGUACAUCGUGUCCUUCCGGAGGAAGGGCAGCCAGGCCUGGCUGAGGGCGCGGGUGCCGCACGCGGAGUCGCUGCACUUCGUGUACCGCAACGAGAGCAUCGCGCCCUACACCCCCUUCGAGGUGAAGAUCAAGGCCUACAACAGGAAAGGAGAGGGCCCCGAGAGCCUCACGGCCAUCGUGUACUCGGCAGAGGAAGAACCCAAAGCGGCUCCUUACAGGGUCAUUGCCAAGUCUGUCCUGUCCUCAGAGAUGGAUGUGUCCUGGGAGCCCGUGGAGCAGGGAGAAAUGACCGGAGUGCUUUUGGGAUACGAGAUCCGGUACUGGAAGGACGGGGACAAGGAGGAGGCGGCUGACAGAGUGAGGACAGCGGGGCUGGUGACAUCGGCCCAUGUCACCGGCCUGAACCCCAACACCGACUACCACGUGUCGGUGCGAGCCUACAACCGGGCAGGGACCGGCCCCCCCAGCCCUGCCACCAACGUCACCACCACGAGACCCCCACCAAAAAGGCCACCUGGGAACAUCUCCUGGACUUUUUCCGGCUCCACAGUCAGCAUCAAGUGGGACCCCGUGGUGGCCAAGGCCGACGAGUCGGCGGUGACGGGGUACAAGAUGCUCUACAGGCAGGAUUCCCACUCGGCCCCCACCCUGUACCUGGCCAGCAAGAGCCAAAUCGACAUCCCCAUCCCUGAGGAUUUCACUCACGCCUUCGUCCAGAUCCGGGUGACCGGGCCCGGCGGGGACGGGACCCCGGCAGAAGUUCACAUCCUCAGGAACAGCGGGACGAGCAUGAUGGUGGAGGACUCGGGGAUGAGGCCAGCGCCACACGUCGUGGUUGUCACCACCAACUCCCUGCUGAUGGUGGCCCUGAUCAGAUCCCUGGAGCUCUGACCGCGGCUCCUCCCCAUCCCAUGGGAGCAACGCAAAUCCCACGGGAACAACGCAAACCCCACUUCGGGGCGGCGCCGUGGGGAGAGAGAGGAUUGGACCACGUGGUUGGAAGGGAGGAAGAAAUUAAAAACAGCUUUUUUUUUUUUUUUUUUGGUUUGGAGGAAGAAAAGCUUUCAUACAAGACAUGGGUCUUUAACCGAUGAAAUGUUUUUUAAGGAAAACGAAGAAAAUGAAGAAUUCUCCGGGAAUUCUGCAGCCAGCUGCCCCCGCCCUCACUGUAUCCAUAGGUUUUCUGCCUUAUUGAAGCCAUGUAUCAGAUAACCAGACUGCUAAAUUUGACUUUUUUUUAACUCUGUACAGUGAAUUCCGUGGGGGGGACGGGGACUGAGGAGUUCAGGGACCAGCAUGUUCCACACCCAUCCCACCACAGCCAGCUCGGAGCAUUUGUGGCACGGGAUUGAUCCCUUUUCCCACAAAAAAAGAGCCAAACCCUGCAGGAACCAGCCCAAGGAGACAAAUCCACGGGAGGGUCAAGCUCUGCUCCAGCCUGAAAAGAUUUUUUUACUACUCUGGUGUUCAUUUUCAGCCCCAGCCUGGUGCUUGUCUCAGCUGUGAGGUGCAAAUUCCGUGUUUUCCCAUCUCCCACGUGCUUUUGGGGUGGAUUUGUCACCCUGUUUGCCUCUUUGGGAGAAGGGGAUCCUUUCCCAGAAUCCUUAAUUUGGGCAGCUCUGCCUAAAAACGGAGCUGUCAAUAAAUCCAAUUUCAGAGGGGCUUCAAGAAGGAAUUUUUUUUUAAAUGACAAAAUUAAAACAGGAAUGGGAGACUCCAGGAAGCCACCACUGGGACAAGAAGGAAAACUUGGACUCGGAUUCAUCUCCCUGCAGUGAGAAUUCACCCAGCCAAAAUUCCAGGCUUGGAUUGGGACUGCAAAGGCUGAGAUCCAGCCAGGAAGCAGCUCUGGAUUCCAGCUCCGAUGGCUGCCAGACAUCCCAAGGAAGCUCUGGGAUGUUGAGGAGCCCCCAGCGCUCCAGAGGCUGGGAAAAGCAGGAAUGCUGAGCUGAGCACCCACAGGACUGGCUGGGAAUCGAUGUUGCCUGUUGAAAUCUCUGUCUCCCAGUAAAGCAGUUGACCAAAGUUAA